CAUUUUCGAGUCGUAUAAAUACCAAUAUAACGAAUAUCAAUCCCAUCAAGUAUUCUACAAACUUACAAUCGUAACUGAUUUAGAAAUUCACCGAUCAACCAAGAAGAUGUCGUCGAGCCAGCAAUUGAGCCACGAAGCCGGAGAAGUCACGGGUCAGGUUCAGCUGAAGAAGGAAGAGUACUUGAACAACGUUUCACAUGCAAUGAACCAAAAUGCAGAUCACCAAACUCACUCACAGCUACACGCAUCAUCAGAACAUGAUCAGAACAACCCUUCUCUAAUUUCCCAGGCUUCUAGUGUCAUCCAACAGACUGGUGGACAAGUGAAGAACAUGGCACAGGGAGCAGCCGACGCUGUGAAGAACACUCUCGGGAUGAGUCCGACCACAAACAGCCCUAGCAGCCCGGCUGGUUCGAACCGCCUGGGCAAACCCGGCUCCAAGAAUAUUUGAAAGGAAAAUAUAUUUACGAAUAAAUGGACAGAUCACAGAUCCUUUCGACACCAAGAAAAAAAAAAUGUUUUAUUGCUUGUUUUGUUCAAAUUUCUAAAUUUUGGGUAUGUUAUUAUUGUAAGUUGGAGACAUGUUUACAUGUCUUAUCCUCCCCCACCCCCUAGAGUGAGGGUGUUUACGUUAUAACUUAGUAACUCUAUAAUAAUAUUAUUGAUUUAUUAUAUAAGAAGAAAAAAAAUCUCAUCUCAAUGUAGAU